AGCCAUUUGACUCAGACCCGGUGCUGUGAUUCCUCUCCGUGGUUGACGCCAUGGGGCUGCUGGAGGUGCUCUUCCCCUCCAUCUCAGAAGACUUUCCGAAUCCCAACACCAAACUGCUCCCGUCAUGCUUGGAGCUCAGCAAGGAGAAGCGCGUGGUGAUCGUAGGUGGUGGACCUGCUGGUGUUCACAUGUCAGCCUGUUUGGCGACCAAGGGCUUCAAACAGGUCACCCUCUUGGAGGCUGAGGCGGAGGUGGGCGGCAAGUCGCUCACCGUUAUCGAUCCCUCCCAGCCGGAUGUGCCACACGAGCUGGGCACGUGCUACAUGUCUCCCAGUUACGAGCUCAUCCGCAAGCUUCUGAAGGAAUAUGACCCGACGAAUGAGGAGAGCACGUUUGCCAACGAGAACAAGGGGCGGAUGGUCUUUGGAAUGAACCUUUCAGAUGAAGACAAGCGGAAGUAUACCAAAGGGAUGGAGUAUUUCGAUUGGGUCCUAGAGGAGGUCGAGAUGAAAACCACGUGGAAGUGCUGCCGCUGUUUGCCCGACAGCCUCCAGAAUGUACCCAUCUUUUCUGCGCUGAUCAAGUAUGAUCAGUUGCACGACAGCAUCUUCGGGAAGAUUCCGUAUGGUAUGCCGCCAAAGCCCAAAGAUUGGAGCAAGAUUGACAUGACAGCCAUGGAGUUUCUGAAAAAGAACGGGCUUGAGAUCUUGGAGCCCGUCUUCCUUUACACCCAACAGGUGCAAGGCUAUGGUUUGUUGGAUAAGAUCCCAGCUUUCUAUCUUCUUUGGUGGCACCACCCCGAUGUCAUCAACGGUACCGUCCGUGGUUUCCUGGGCUCUGACGAGCCUUUGGUCUCCCUGUUGAAGAACGGGUAUCAAUCGCUCUGGAAGAAGAUGGUGGAGCGGCACAGCAAGGAGGUGAACUAUAUCACCGGUGCACAGGUCACCGGUGUGAAACGCACGCCCACGGUGGAGGUGAAGUACAUGCACGAAGGCAGCGACCGGGGG